CUCUGAAGAGUCCUCAGUCCAUCGGUUCUUCAAGCUCAAUCGGUUCGUCUACGUCUUGUUCGAUAAUUAAAAUAUGCUGCUCAAGUUACUGAUUUGUGUCACGUUCAUGUUCGUCGUAUUAAAACCAGCGGUGAGCGUGAGUAACGAGCAGCUGGAAAAAAUGGUCAAAAGCAUGAGGAAGACGUGCAUGCAGAAAGUCGGUGUCUCCGAGGAUUUGGUCAAUGGGGUGUCCAAAGGAGAAUUCCCGGACGACGAGAACCUCAAGUGUUACUCGUACUGCAUUCUGAAAGCAAUGCGAGGCUAUAAGAACGGAGGCAUCGACUUUGCCAUGAUAACCAAACAGAUAGACGCGAUGCUGCCACCGGAUAGGGGAGCUCUGAUAAAAGUAGCCAUAAACUCGUGCCGUUCGUUAGAUUUCGAUGGUGACCCAUGCGAAGCGACGUAUAAAUAUUUGAAAUGCUACUACGAAGCGGAUCCAGUAACGUUUUUCUUCCCUUGAAAUGCUACAAUACAAAUCUUUACAGAGUGCGAGAUGUAAAAUACAAUAGGGGGACCUGUUACAUUUGAACAAAUAAUCGAGAAUAAAAAUUGUACAUGGGAA